AUGACAGAAUUAAAUGAUGAUGUUCUAUUCUACAUUUUUCAAGAUUUAUAUUACUUAAUUACUACUUCUAAUUCAAAUAAUGAAAAGAAAUAUGAAAAAUCUCUAUAUUUUUGUUUGUUUGUUAACAAACAUUGGUGUAAAAUUAUGGUUCCAAUUUUAUGGAGUUAUCCUUAUAAACAUGUUUAUAAAAAAGAAUCAUUAUUAAAUAUCAUCAUUUCUCAUUUAUCAGAUAAUUCAAUUAAAUUUUUGAAAGAUGAAAGUAUCAUUGAAGCAAAUUUUCAGAAGCAAAAACUUUCAUUUAACUAUGUUAAAUUUUGCCGAUAUCUUGAUGAUAUUCAUAAAAUUUUUCCAAUAAGAUCAAGUUUAUUGGAAGAAGAAAUUUAUAAGCUUUUCAUUAGUGAAUGUUCAUCCAUAAAAUCUUUGAGUUCAGAAAUGGUAUAUUAUCCAAUAUAUAAAUAUCUGGGAUCAAAUAUUUCUCUUUCAAAUCUAUCUGAGUUAUGUUUAGUUUCAAGAUCAAAUUAUAAUGACUUUUAUCAUGAAUUGGCACAAAUAUGCAGAUCAAUAGAAAAAAUUUAUAUAGACCUUAGAUGUGAUCUUCCUGAAAUUACUGAAUUAAUUGAAAUGCAAAAACAGAUUAAAUACAUAUAUGUAAAGGAAUAUGGUAAUUGUGAGAAAAUAAAUCAAGCUUUAGAAAAACAUGCAAAUUCAAUUGUUCUUUUAAAUUUAACAAUAUAUACAAAAAAUGGAUCCUUUCUAUAUGAUUUACUCCUUCCAAAAGUAAUUAAUUUACAAUAUUUAAGGAUAAAUAAUAUGGAAUCAGAAUGUAUACUAGAGCAUGUAAUAUAUUUAAGUUAUCACAACCUUCAAAUACUUGAUUUGGUAACAGUAUCACUUGAUAUAGCAAUAAAUAUUAUUCAAAAUACCAAUGGAAAUCUAUGGAAAAUUAAAAUUAGACGGUCUGAUUAUGAUCAUAUAAAAGAAUAUGAUCAAACAAUUCACCAAUAUUGCCCAAAUAUAAAAUAUGUUUCAUUAUUUAUAACUGAUGAUGAAACCCUGAAAGAACUAGAGAACAUUUUCAUCAAAUGCCAACAUUUGGUAGCAAUAGAUAUACUUAAUAGAAUUAGUCAUGAAUAUGUGAAUAAAUUGCUGAAUUUAUUUGUUGAUUCAGCUCCACUUACUUUAUACAAAUUUCACAUUGAUUUUAUUACUACUGAUUUUGAUAGAGAAUCUUUAAAAUUAUUUUUUACUAAUUGGAAUCGUAAAGGUAGAAAAACUUUACAUUUAUAUCAUAUUUGUAAUUCCUGGCAUGGAAAAUUUGUAGUGAAAGAUAUUAUAGAACUAGAUUACUAUGAUGACGAUUUUUGGAAUCAUAGAAUUACAAUGUUAAAUGAUGAAAAAAAUGAUUGA